AUUUAGGGUUUAUGUUUCUCGGCCGCCUCGCUUUCAGCCUCUCUGCAGCUAUUCCGAAGCCAACCCAUCCUCCCGCCGGUGCUCUCCUUCAACUUCCAGCAACCGAAGAUGCCGUCCCACAAGACCUUCAUGAUAAAGAAGAAGCUGGCGAAGAAGCAGAGGCAGAACAGGCCCAUCCCUUAUUGGAUCCGCAUGCGCACUGACAACACCAUCCGCUACAAUGCCAAGCGCCGCCACUGGCGCCGCACCAAGCUCGGCUUCUAAAUUUUCUGCGUCCGCCGUCACCAUCAUGUUACCUUUAUUUGUCUCGAGCUUUUUACCCUCCCCCCUCAAAAAAAAAAAAAGAACUUUUGGUUUAAUUAGUAGCUUAAUUAAAGAUGGUGGUGUUUUAAUCAAUUUUGGUAUUGUUAUUAUCCUUAUGACUGUUUCGUUGUAGGUCUCGAACGAAUUUCAUUGAAGUCACAAAAUUGAAACUUUAAUUUGAUUGAAGAGCCUUUUUGGUAGA